UACCUAGCUAUUUCCCAGCAACAGAUUGCAGGUGGCAGAGCAUUGAAAGUCUUAAGGGCAUUCCUUACUCCGGUUGCCUUCUAAUUAGACUUAAGGGCAGGGAGGAAACUCGGAGGACCUGGAAGGGAAUUCAGGAUGAAGGCAGAUGGUGUGAGAUCUCAAAUGGUAUGGAAGUGAACACUGAGGAGAGGAGAGGGAGGUGCUGGGAAAAGGUGGAGACUGAGAAGAGAGAGGAUGGGGGAGAGAGGACGUACUCAGACCUCAGCAGGACAACGUUCAGUUUACUCCUGUAAGGGCACUUCAGCUUUCAAUUUUGACAAGGUAGAGAGUUGUUUAAUCGUUGUAUGGAUAAGUAAACUUCUCUGUGCUUUCCUGCAAGACUUACAAAACAAAAGCCUGCAAGAAAUGUUGAGAAACUCUUGAUUUUUUUAAGAAAAAAAGAAAGACGGAGAGAGGAAGAGUCGAGCAGUUCAGGAUGAUGGACAUCGACUUCGUAACUUUCCUUUGCGAUUCACAGCAAUUGCCAAACUAAACCUGACCAGCAGUCCUACAGCAGUGAGAAGAUGAGGGCGUGUGCCAUGGACUGGUAAUGAAAUAAGGCUGCUCACAAAACAUUGAGGCACAUGAGACAAGAUUGACUGAGGGAGUUUCAGCGCUCUGGUGAUGAUCUUUGCAUUUAGAUGGGACACAAACACAUUGGUCCAAUAUUUAAGAGAAAUGAAUGUUUGGACACCCUGUGAAGAUGCUGCCUGAGGAUGUGACAGAUAUGGAUGACAUGAGAAAACAGGAGGAUGUCUUCUUUAAAAGCCAUAUUUUUUUAAUUUAUGGUUAAGGAACUAUGGGCUGCUCAUCUUGGGUGCAUCUCCACAUGACAAAAGUACAGUCAUGAUUUUAUAAGCCUCAGUGUUUAAGGAUUUUUUAAAAAGACAAUCCACCAUGUUUAAACGGUGGCUUUUAGCCCUGUUGGCCCGGGUUGGCCUCAUUGUGCUGGGCCUCUGCUGCUGUCUGUCCCUGUUCUACCUCCUGGCCUGUAAACCGACCUCUCACAGCAGCCAGCAGUCUCUGCUGUGGUCUGGAGGGGCCACCAGUAAGGAGGGAUACAUGGCCUUGUUGCAGGAGAGGGAGGACUCUCACAGACAUUACAUCAACAGCCUGACUAAGCAGAUAGCCCAGCUAAAGGAGGCUCUCCAGGAGAGGACGCAGCAGCUUCAGGAGUCCCUAGAUAAAGCUAAAACAAAAGGGAUUCUGCCUCAGGGUCUGAAGAGUCUGCACAAAACCUCAACACAGUCUGACCUGAAGGAGUUCUUCCACACCCAGCUGAACCAGGCGGAGGUGAACUCAGGUGCAAAGCUGCCCAGCGAAUAUGCCGUGAUUCCUUUUGACACUUUCACCCUGCGGAGGGUGUACCAGCUGGAGAUGGGGCUGACCAGGCACCCAGAGCAGAGGCCUGUGAGGAGAGACAGCAGAGACGAGCUGAUAGGCACAGUGGAAACAGCUCUGCAUGUCCUGAAUGGACCUCAACAACAUGCAGACAACACCGGGCGGAAGCGCACGUACGCCCCUCCAGACUUCAUAGAGGGGUUGACACGUACAGAGCGGGGCAGAGGAACCGUGUACGAGCUGAUGUUUAAAGGCGACGGCCCGCGCGACUUCACGCAGCUCGUGCUCUUCAGGCCGUUUGGUCCCGUGGUGAAGGUGAAGAGCGAGAGCGUGGACACGCGCAGCACGCUCAUCAACAUCAUCGUACCUCUUUCCAAGAGGGCGGACGCAUUCAGGCAGUUCAUCAGCAACUUCAGAGAAGUGUGCAUCCAGAAGGACGGCAGGGUUCAUCUCACUGUGGUCUACUUUGGUCGAGAUCAGAUAGACCAGGUGAAAGCCAUGCUGGACCAGACCACCAGAGAGACUCGGUUCAGGAGCUUCACUUUGAUCCAGCUGAAUGAGGAGUUUUCUCGUGGGCGAGGCUUGGACGUGGGCACCAGGGCUUGGAGGCGGAGCCAGAAUGUGCUGCUCUUCUUCUGCGAUGUUGACAUCCACUUUACCGUUGAUUUCUUAACUUCCUGUCGUCUCAACGCAGAGCCUGGUAAGAAAGUGUACUAUCCAGUGCUCUUCAGCCAGUACAACCCAUCUAUCAUCUACAGUAAUCAGACACGUCUACCCUCUGUUCAACAACAACUGGUGAUAAGGAAGGAAACUGGAUUCUGGAGAGACUUUGGGUUUGGCAUGACGUGCCAGUACAGGUCUGAUUUCAUCAACAUAGGUGGUUUUGAUCGUAACAUCAAAGGCUGGGGGUUGGAGGAUGUGCACCUGUACAGGAAGUACCUUCACAGUAAGCUGAUGGUGAUUCGCUCUCCGUCUCGCGGCCUUUUCCACUUGUGGCACGAGAAGAACUGCGCAGAUGAGCUCCCUCCAGACAAGUACAAGAUGUGUAUGCAGACCAAAGCCAUGAGCGAAGCCUCGCACGGCCAGUUAGGGGAGCUGUUCUUCAAACGAGAGAUUGAGCGUCAUUUGAACUCCCAGAGGCAGACAAACAAGGGAACAUAACGAGGACCAUUAAGUUGGGGUUGGUGAUGAGAUAAUAGGACUUUGGUGAUGUUAUUAGUCACUGUUAUGUGUGUUCUUGUUUUGGUUUUCAUUAUAAAUUAUGUUUACUUACAUUAAUUAUUCAGCUUCAAACAAAAGGUGAUUUACGAUGAUUAUUGUUCUCCAUAUGGACACAUAAACUGGGGGAAAACUGACAAAAACAAAUAAUGACUGAUAUUUUUGUGUCAAUAAAAGAAUGAACUGUA